AUGGGCAACUGGCUGGUCAACCACUGGUUCUCUGCUGCGGUCGUCGCAGCCUGGCUGGGCAUCAACAUCUUCCUCUUCACCUACUACUUUCUGUUCUUCGACCGGGACGAGAGGUAUUUCUACACCAGGGCUAUCCUCGGGUCUGCCUUGGCAUGGGCACGAGCAUCAGCCAAGUGCCUCAACUUCAACAGCAUGCUGAUCCUGCUGCCCGUGUGCCGCAACCUCCUCUCCUUCCUCCGCGGGACCUGCUCGUGCUGCCGGCGGACGCUGCGGAAGCAGCUGGACCACAACCUCACCUUCCACAAGCUGGUGGCGUACGCACUGGCCCUGCUCACAGCCGUGCACACCAUCGCCCACCUCUUCAACCUGGAGCGCUACAACCGCAGCCAGCAGGCCACGGACGGCAGCCUGCCCGCCGUCCUCUCCAAGCUGCAUCUGCAGGGCAGCAACAAGUGGCUGAACCCCAUCCACUCCAACCAGACGACAGUCGAGUACGUGGCCUUCACCACCAUCCCGGGGCUGACGGGGGUUAUCAUCACGCUGGCGCUCAUCCUCAUGGUCACGUCCUCCACCGAGUUCAUCCGCAGGAACUACUUUGAGGUCUUCUGGUACACGCAUCACCUCUUCCUCAUCUACUUUGCUGGCCUCGUCAUCCAUGGCAUCGCCGGGCUGGUGCGUGGCCAGACAGAGGAGAGCCUCAAGGAGGUGCAUCCACACCAGUGCGCCCAGUACCUCACACAGAAAGACAAGGACAGGCACUGCAGCCACAGCUGCUGCAAGGACCCCGAGUUCGGGAGCAUCCCUGCCGAGUCCUGGAAGUGGGUUCUGGCCCCUGUCCUCCUCUACAUCUUCGAGCGCAUCCUGCGGGUCUGGCGUGCGCGGCAGAAGGUGGUUGUCACCAAGGUGGUGAUGCACCCUGCCCGCGUGCUGGAGCUGCAGAUGCAGAAGAAGGGGUUCCGCAUGGAAGUGGGGCAGUACAUCUUCGUCAACUGCCCCGCCAUCUCCCUGCUGGAGUGGCACCCCUUCACCCUCACCUCCGCGCCCGAGGAGGACUUCUUCUCCAUCCACAUCCGAGCGGCCGGAGAUUGGACCGAGCGCCUCAUCGACACCUUCCAGAAGCAGACGCUGGAGAUGCCCAAGAUCGAGGUGGAUGGUCCCUUCGGCACAGCCAGUGAAGAUGUGUUCCAGUACGAGGUGGCCAUGCUGGUGGGAGCAGGCAUCGGUGUCACCCCCUUCGCCUCCAUCCUGAAGUCCCUCUGGUACAAGUUCCAGCAGGGUGACCAGACCCUGAAGACCAAGAAGAUCUACUUCUACUGGCUCUGCCGGGACACGGGAGCCUUCGCCUGGUUCAAUGACCUGCUUGCCUCGCUGGAGCAGAAGAUGGCUGAGUCGGGCAAGGCUGACUUCCUCACCUACCGCCUCUUCCUCACCGGCUGGAACACCAGCAUCGCCAACAACGUGGCGCUCCGCUUCGACACUGCUGUGGACACGGUGACGGGGCUCAGGCACAAAACCAUCUUCGGGCGGCCCAUGUGGAACAGUGAGUUCACGGCCGUGGCUGCAGCACACCCCAGGUCGGUGGUUGGCGUGUUCCUCUGUGGGCCGGGGGCCUUGGCGAAGAGCCUGCAGAAGUCUUGCCACCAGCAUUCCAGCCUGGACCCCAGGAAGGUCAAAUUCUACUUCAACAAGGAGAACUUCUAAGUGGCAGCCAGAAUGGGACCCCCGCGGGCAGGGGACCAUGCAUCUCACCUCAUCCCCCGUGCCAGAGCAUGGCCAGGGGUAAGCAUCUCCUGAAGGAUACAUGCACUGAAGCCAGGCGAGACAAGGGAAGACUCCUUCUCCAUGAGAAACUCCAGGUUCAAAGCGUGCUCUGCAUUGAUAAACCAGAGGCACGUGCUGCGAUGAUGCUGCUGGAGCAGAGGGAAGCAGCGGGAGCACCCAGCGGGCUGGGCACAACAGUGGGACAGGGAUGGGACACGGCCAUGCUGUGCAGGCGUUGGGGAUAAGCGUGUCCUUUGGGGUUUAAGCAGUCCUUCUGCAUGAAAGGGUACAUUAAACUUGAUUUCCUUUUGCACUAAAA